AUGAACAAAUAUCUGCAAUAUUUAUUAACCGCGGGGAGCUCAGAGCGGGGCUAUGAUCCCUACAAUCCAGAGCUUCCAAGGCCCUCGCUGGAGGCGGAGGAUGGCGGUCUGGCUGACAUUACAGAUGUGACACCUGGUAUUCUGGAGCUGGAGCUGGUCAACAAGGCCAUCGAGGCGGUCAAAAACGAAGUUGAGAGAGAGCAGAAAAAGUAUGAGGAGCUGCUUGAAACGACAAAGGAGUUUAGCGCUUCAGAGACCUCCUCGCUUGUUUCGAAUACACCCGUGUCAGCUGCUGGGACACAAAAUGAUUCAUUUACCUCCUUAGAAUAUAAUCCAGGUAGCUACAACUUUAAUAAUAACUCGGACUACAACCCUACUCCUCUCGCUGCUGCUAGCCGGUCAAGUAAAUACACUUUGGAUACUUCCCGAUCUAAAGGUAGCUCACUGGAAUAUGUUCCCAAGGCUAUAGCACAGAAUAAAAAAUACAGUAGCACCGUCACUAACAAUAAAUAUGUGAUUGAUGACUCUAAGCCUUCUACAGACUUGGAAUAUGACCCGCUUUCAAAUUACUCAGCCAGGCUUUUGGGCAAAGCCACAGCAAAGGAGCCAAAGGGGUCCAAAAGAGGUAGGGUGUCUAGUUAUGAGGAAUCUUAUUCUCCAUCGCGAAAGAAGCUCUGUGAAGUACCCGAUGACUAUGAAGUGUAUGCCAGGUUCUCCUCCUCUGAAGAUGAGGCUGAUGCGGAAUAUAAGCCAACUUCUGUUAGUUCACAAUCAAAAGCUGGUUCUGAAAGUGAAUCAAAUGACGGGUUAUCCAACAAAGAGCAGAGCACCAAACUGGAUGACUUUGCUUCCCAGGAUAGCAAAGAAGCAGCAGCACAUUAUGGCAUGGAGGACCUUCCAAGUUCACAGAAAAAUCUUGCCAAAAACUUAUCAGACAAGAAUGCGAAAGCAGCAAAAUUGUGUUCUGGUAAGAACGACCAAGAAAUUGAAAAUAAAAACAAAGACUCAAAAGACAAAACAAAAAGGAAGAAGUCAGAUGUUAGUAAAACACCUGGCCUCAGUGAGGUUGGCAAGAAGGAGAAAAGUAAAAAUACAGAAAAAGACAAAGUGCUCAAGAAAGAAGAAAAAUUAAAAACUAAGAAUGAAGAGAAAAACUGUAAAGAUAAAAAUGUCAAAGUAAAAACUGAUGGGAAUGUAAAGAAAACUGAAAAACAGAAGUCAGAAAAAGUAGAUGGCCAUAAGAAAGAAAAGUCCAAGUCCGCCAGCAGUAGUUCAGGGAAAAGCAAGAGCGAGGUUGUCAUCAAAGGCUCUAGUACGGAGAAGCUGGGGAGCAGCAAGAAGGACUCCAAACUGAAAGCAGCUGACUUGAAAAAUGGUAAGGAAAGCUCUGGUCAUAAAAACAAAGAGAAAGGGACCAAGACUCCAGCACUGGAGCGAAAGAAAGAAAAAGUCGGUUCUACAGACAAAGGAGAUCCAAAGAAGGGUCGGAAGCAACGGAGUUUGAGUCACGUUGACCUGUUCGGUGAUGAGAGUGGGGACGAUGAUGACAAAGGCCGGCCUUUGCCGUCUGCGUUACUUGACGUGAGCUCGGACUCGGAUGGCGAUGACUGUGAUUCAGAUUCUGAGAGUGAAAAUGAAGGGAGAAAGAAAGUGAAGCGCUCGAAGUUGUCAAAGUCAUCGUCGUCUUCCUCAACAUCUGAUGACAUUGAUUAUUCCAUCCUUGAGAAAGACUUGGACUUUGAGUCAGAUCCAAUGGAAGAGUGUCUCAGGAUUUUUAAUGAAUCUACAGAUGUGAAAACUGAAGACAAGGGAAGGCUGAGGAAACAGCUAUCCAAAGAGGAAGGAAAUGAAGAAAAGGCAGAAGAUAAUUUAACUACCUUGUUUCCUGGCCAAAAAAGGAGGAUCUCUCAUCUUGUCAAACAAGGAAAUGCAGAGGUCCCGAGCAAGCCUGUAAUCCGGCCGUACCGUCCCCCCACCGCUCAGGAGGUCUGUUACCAGAGGAUCCAGCUGGCUCAGCAGCAGGCGGCACAGCUGGCUGUGGCCGUUCAAAAGGCCUCUCUUUCUUUGCCAGGAGAAAAGAGGAGGAUUGCUCACGUGCCAAAUGUAGCGCUUUCCGCAGCAGCCAAACAAAGCCUCGUGAGUAGUAAGACGACAGUUGCUGGCAGGAGUGUCACACCUUCCAAUGACUCUGAAGCACCCACCCUUUCUCUGAAGGCUUGCACCUUAGCUGGAAUGGCUUCAAAGACCACCAGCACCAUCGUGCCGAAAAGGGUAGCACACGUUCCCUCCUUACAGAGCGCCAGCUUACAGAGGCCUGUUAUUCCCACAGAAUUUGGUGCUAAAGUCCCAACAAACAUUCGUCAACGAUAUCUCAACCUCUUCAUUGAUGAGUGCCUGAAAUUCUGCUCUUCUUCCCAGGAAGCAUUUGACAAGGCUCUGUCAGAAGAGAAGGUGGCUUAUGAACGUAGCACCAGUCGCAACAUCUACCUGAACGUGGCAGUGAACACUUUAAAGAAGCUCCGAAGCCUAGUGCCCAAUUCCCCGUCCAGUACGAACAAGACGAGUAACAAGAAAGUGGUGUCCCACGAAGCUGUGCUGGGAGGGAAGCUUGCUGCUAAGACAAGCUUUACUCUAAACCGGUCAGGGAGCUUGAGAGCAGAGGAUUUAACAGGAGCCGCCUUGUACCGGCGACUAAAGGAGUAUCUCAUGACUGAGGAGCAGUUAAAGGAAAAUGGUUACCCAAUGCCUCACCCAGAGAAGCCUGGUCGCGCUGUCCUCUUCACUGCAGAGGAGAAGAAAACGAUUGACUCCUCCUGUAGGAUUUGUUGUCGCUGUGGCACCGAGUACAUGGUCUCAGCCUCUGGAAACUGCAUUCGCAAAGAGGAGUGUGUCCAUCACUGGGGAAGGCUGCGCAAGCAGAGAGUGCCAGGUGGAUGGGAAACUCAUUACAGCUGCUGCUCAGGAGCUGUGGGUUCACCAGGCUGCCAGGUUGCUAAACAACAUGUCCACGACGGACGAAAGGAGAGCCUUGAUGGCUUUGUGAAGACUUUCGAGAAGUUGCCUACGACUGAUGGCUACCCUGGAAUCUACGCGUUAGACUGUGAAAUGUGCUACACCAAGCAAGGACUGGAGCUGACAAGAGUAACUGUGAUCAACUCUGACCUGAAAGUGGUAUACGACACCUUCGUCAAACCGGACACCAAGGUGGUGGACUACAACACCAGAUUCUCAGGUGUGACAGAAGAGGACCUGGAGAACACUAGUAUCACCCUGCGGGAUGUCCAAGCCGUCCUACUGAACAUGUUCAGUGCAGAUACUAUAUUGAUAGGGCACAGCUUGGAAAGCGACUUAUUUGCACUAAAGCUUAUCCAUGGCACAGUGGUGGAUACCGCGAUCGUCUUUCCCCACCGGCUGGGUUUGCCUUACAAACGGGCUCUCCGCACGCUGAUGGCAGACUACCUCAAGCGCAUCAUCCAGGACAAUGUGGAAGGGCACGACUCCAGUGAGGAUGCCAGAGCUUGCAUGGAGCUGAUGGUCUGGAAGAUCAAAGAAGAUGCUAAAGUGAAACGAUGACUUGCGCUUUCUCUCGCUCCUCUUCCUCCUCCACCUCUUUGAAGCAGUGCAAUAAAUGCUCAGAGUAACACUGUC